CCUGCUUUGAAAACCAAGCGAGCACUCAGAUGACACGCCCCUAGAAACAAGACCAAACAACCAUGUCUUCCUUAACAACAGGUGCAGUGCAAGAGAUAGCCAAUUUGCAGAAAGAAGAUGGUCGUCAGCGUUUAAGGGAAUUAUUAAAAUGGAAAAAGUUUGACGAAGAACGUGAUUUGAGACCAGGCAUUCUUCUUGACUUUGUCUAUGAAAGUCUUGUGUUUGCUGUGAAGAAGGGGUUCCCAUGGCAUUCUGUGGCACGGGUUAUCAAGAUAUCGCAAGAACUUCUUAAUGACAGUAAAGAUCUUAGUGUUACCAAAGCUGUAGAGCUGCUCAGGAAUAAACUCUCAAAAUGUGAAACCCAACUGGCCCAGAAUCACCAACUGGACUUCCUAGAUUUCCUCAUGGGCACCUUUAUCAGACACCACGGGCUGUACCAGUUUGUGCUGCGUGGAGAGAGAGAGGUAGACUGCACAGUGACCGAACUGCAGGUCCACACCCCCCCAAAUCCCCUGCCGCUGAGCGAGGGUACAGACAGUCAGGUGUGGCAGUACCAGCAGAGGAUGGCAACGCUGACAGGUGAUGAGAACCAGAAACGGAUCAACAUGCUGCUCCUCAAGGAAACUGCUUACCGUGAGGCUGAGGAGAGACUAGACAUGCUUUACAAAGACUUCGCGGUUCAAGACACAGGCACUCUGGAAAGACAGGUCCUGGAAAAAGUGGUGCAAGAUGCAGUGAGGUCUCAGGUUGAGGUCUUGGAGGAAGUUCUCCUCAAGGAAGUACAAUUGUCCCUGGAGAUUCUGGAACUGAAACUGCAACAGAAGACUUUACCACGUCCAAACGCCCCCCCUACCCUAACAAACAGUCUUGCCUCAACCAAAACAGAGACAACCGCCGGCUCCGCUUCCAAAACCUCCUUUGCUCGUGCACCCAAAGGAAAGAAAAGAUAGUGAGAAAUGAUAAGAAAAAAUAAUAUGAUUCUGUAUUUGUUUCAACCCUCUCCUUUAGAGUUCCUGUCACAGUAUCCCCUUUUCCUUUAGUUGAUUUAGUCAUGAUAUUAUUCUUAACUUUUUAGCACGUAAACUUACAUGACGGCGUGUGAGAGAACUCUGUGGAAAAGUCAAGUAUGAUUAACACCUGUUUCAUUUGCUGGGAUUUUUCUUAGCUUGAAUAUCUCUGCUUGGCUACAUUUGAUCAGAUGCUGGUUAGACAUAUAGAAUAAAUUGAAAAUGAUCACAUUAAUUAGCAAAGCCCCUGCAACCCAUUGCACAAAUUAACAGGUUUCAUGGUGUUUCAAUAAUGAACCUGAGUCGACACAAAAAUAAAUAAAACAAAUUAAUAUGUUACUCUGAAUAAUGAGUGAUUUAUUACUGCAUUUUGUAAACCCCUGUGACAAUGUGCCCCGCCCCUGUGUGCAUUUGUGUGUUGCAUGUGGUGGGUUAAUGUGGGUGUAUAGAUAUUGCUGCAUGGGAUAUAAAUGGGUCUGUGUAGCACGAGUGAUUUAAAAUAUAUAGUUGUAUUUAGGCACGGGGAUUGCACAAACACUUCACGUGCAUUUAAAGUAUGUAAUAAUCUGUGAAGACGGGAUUGCACAAAUUAGUUCACGCGCUGGGAUUCAAGUGAAUAAUUAAUUAGUAAUUGAAUCCCGGCACAACUGUAUAUAUAGAUGCACGUUUCACUCACUCGGGGUUGUGUGUUCGGUGAGUGGAGAACGGGUGUGGAGAAGGAGAAAAUAAGAAGUAAAGUAAAUUAAAUUAAAUUAAAGCAUACAAUUGCUAUUUCGUGCUGGAAGGACCAGCACGAUACUUGAGUGUCUGUUCGUCCACUGUUUGUUUAGUGUUAAUCCGUUUUGUUUGUCUAUUUAUUUUGGCCUCAAGUGCCGUGUGCUGUUUUUUGUUUAAAUAUUUUAUUUGUUUCAUUAAAACACUGAGCGCAGCUGUUGCGUCUCAG